CAAGGAGGGCCGUCGGAAGUGAAAACUUCGUUCAAUCACACUGAAGAUCUCAAGGACAUGAACCGUUUGUUCUACCAUUCGUCAACUUUUGACAAAGUCGAGAUACUAGAGCAUCACCUUUUGUACGGAGGAAUUACGGCUGCCUUACCAAAAGACCCAGAUAACAAAAUUACGAACUUCGAUCCAAACCUCAAUCAGCUACUCUCACUCAGCGCUGGAGGAUGGGCAGUCAUUACUGGGAUAUACAGCCAGAUUGAUCCUAAAACAGACGGGGUCCUUGCCGGCUACUAUAGAGGAAGCGAUAAGGCUAUGGGCGAUCUCACGUUCAACGGGUACAAGAGCGGCCAGGAGGUUGUGUUGCGGGCAGUGCUUACCCCCUUCGGUAUCCGUUUCCAAACGGAGGAGCAGAAGGCGCCGGUUAAAAGCGAGUCAAUCAGCAACGACUGGAUUGACCUCCGUGUCGAAAACAUCGACAUCAAGGACAUAGAAGUCGAAAUCAUGACGAAGGAAGACAUCGUCAUCACCGGCAUCUCGGCAAGGUACCCGCAAGCAGACAGCUUGUCAGAGUUGAAAGAGAAGCUCUUCGCGGGCGUGGACCUUAUCACCUACGAUGAGGCCCGUUGGACGCCAGGAUUUCUCGGUGUGCCCGAGAGAAAGGGAACCAUCAAAGACUUGUCGCGGUUCGACGCGAGCUUCUUCGGAGUGCCGCCCAAACAAGUCCAGCUCAUGGACCCCCAGCUGCGUAACAUGUUGGAGACCUCGUAUGAAGCCAUCAUGGACGCCGGCUACGACCCUGCGACGUUGCGGGGUCGCAAGAUCGGCGUCUUCGUCGGCUGCGGACAGUCCGAGACGAUCACUGCAUUUGGCGGAGACUCGGCAACUAUCGACGGCUACAUUGUGACCGGGUCGGCGCUUCACAUGUUCUCGAACCGGGUCUCCUAUUGCCUCGACUUUAGCGGACCAAGCCUCACAGUUGACUCGGCAUCAGCCUCAACCAUGCAAGCAUUGAGCCUCGCCCUGCACUCUCUUCGCUCGGGUGAAUGCGAGGCCGCCAUCGUGGGGGGAUCAAAUAUCAUGCUCAAUCCGCUGUCAACACUGGCAGAGUUCCGCUUCGGCAUGCUCUCAGUGGAUGGAAAGAGCAAGACGUUCAAUGCUAACGCGGACGGCUACGUGCGAAGUGAGACGAUCGGAGCGAUGUUCCUUCAGCCGGUUUCACAAGCACGCCGUAUCUACGCCAAGCUGAUCAACGCCAAGGCCAACUCAGACGGUUACAAAGUUGAAGGAAUCACCGUCCCAUCGAGCAAGAAGCAGGAGCAGCUACUUCGCGAAGUUUACAGCGAGGCCAACGUGGACCCUCUAACCGUCACCUACAUCGAGGCUCACGGCACCGGAACAGCGGUGGGCGACCCCCAGGAGAUGGCGGCACUCAGCAGAUUCUUCUGCGUGCCGGAACGCAAGAAACCCCUCAAAGUCGGUGCAGUCAAGAGCUGUGCGGGACACGCCGAAGCCGCGUCCUCAAUCUCCACCAUUUCGAAGGUCAUCAUUCUCAUGGAAACAGGCAUGAUCCCGCCGAACAUGCACUUCACUGAACCCAACCCGAAAAUUUCGUGUCUUCUCGACGGAAGCGCCGAGGUGGUUGCCAAAGCGACGCCCUUCGAGGGCGGCCCAGUGGGCAUCAACGCAUUUGGAUUCGGCGGGACCAACGUCCACGCCAUUUUCGAGGCAAACCCGGGACCGCACGUGGACACCAUGGCCCGCGAAAAGCCAGAGCUUCCUAGGCUCGUUCUCAUGGCUGGAAGAACAGAUGAGUCGCUCAGGAAAACUCUGGACAGGCUAGAAGCCGAAGGAACCUACCCUGAUUCUGCCUACGCCCUCUUGAACCGAGUCGGUCAGCCCGGCAUCAAGCUCUUCCCGUUCCGCGGCUAUGCCUUGGUUUCCGUUGACGGCUCCGGGAAACCCGCCACCAAGGUCGUCGAGAAGGUUCCGCCAGUGAAGAGACCGCUGUGGUUCGUAUUCACUGGCAUGGGCUGCCAGUGGAAUGGCAUGGCGAGGCAGAUGAUGCAGUUCGACGUGUUCGCCCGCUCCAUACACGCAUCGCAUGACCUGUUGGCGAAGAAGUUCGGCCUCGACCUCAUCGACCUGGUGACCAGCGAGGAACCACGAGGCGAGGAGACCAUUGCGGGUGUCCUGGUGUCCAUUGUGGCAAUUCAGGUGGCACUCGUCGACGUCAUUCGUGCUAUCGGUAUUCGGCCAGACGGUAUCGUGGGUCACUCUCUGGGGGAGAUCGCCAGUGCUUACGCCGAUGGGGGCCUCACCGCAGAGCAGGCCAUGCUGUGCGCCUACUGGCGUGGCCGAUGCACUGACGUGGGCAACCUUCCGAGAGGAGCCAUGGCCGCAGUCGGGUUAACCUGGGAGGAAGCGAAACGGCGCGGUCACGACGGCGUGGAAGCGGCGUGCCACAAUGCCGAGGACUCCGUGACCGUAUCCGGACCGGCGGACGCCAUCGCCGACCUUGUGAAAGAGCUACGGGGCGAGGAAUUGUUUGCCCGCGUCGUGAACACGAUGAACGUGGCUUUCCACAGCACUCAAAUGCAGCGUGUCGGACCUGCUCUGCUGAAAGAGUGCAAGCAGGUUAUUCCUGAGCCAAAGGCCCGCGGAAAGCACUGGGUCAGUUCCUCCGUUCCGGAGAGCCGCUGGGAGGAGCCGAUCGCUCAGCACUGCUCAGCCGAGUACUUCGUCAACAACCUCGUUUCGCCCGUGCUCUUCUGCGAGGCGCUGCGACACGUGCCCAGGGACGCAAUAGUUGUCGAGUUCGCGCCCCACUGCCUUCUGCUGUCUAUUCUACGCCGUGCACUGGGCUCUGGCGCCUCCUGUGUGGGCCUCAUGAAGAGGGACACGGACAACCACUCGUUCUUCCUGGGCUCGCUGGGCAAGCUUCACACUCUGGGAGUGCAGCUGGAUCCGUCCGCUCUGUACCCGCCCGUUCCGUGGCCACUGCCACGAGGCACGCCUAAUAUCGGGCACCUGGUCAGUUGGGACCACACGCAGCAGUGGGCCGUCGCGUCAUGGAGAGAUGUGGCUACACUUGUACAGGGAAAGGACGACACAUUCAACAUUGACGUUCACGGAAACGAGGACACCGUCUACCUGGCUGAACAUCGACUCGCCGGCCAGGUGACGUUACCAGUGGCUUUUCACCUUCUGCUCACCUGGAAGUCUCUCAGCAGACGUCGCGGAAAGCGCGUCGAUGAAGUGUCCGUCGUUUUUGAGAACGUCAAGGUGCACAGGACCGUCCUCGUGCCCGAGACGGGCACCUUCCGCAUUGCGGUGACCAUCAUGUACUCUUCCGGCGAGUUCGAAGUGUGUGAGGAAGGCACGGUGGUAGUGAGUGGUUCCAUUCGCGUCGCCAAUGCCGGAGCCUCGGCGGCCGACAUGGAGUUGCCGGCUGCUUCCUCCGAGAACACUACCUACGAACUGGACGCCGAGGACGUGUACAGGGACCUGGCUGUGCGUGGUUACGACUACCAGGGAGACUUCCGGGGCAUUCUGAAGGCUGACUUGCGAGAGCCGUGCGGAAAGCUUCAAUGGAAGGAUAACUGGGUGACCUUCAUCGACAGCAUGAUCCAGUUCGUCAUGUUCAAGAGCCCCGUUCGUGUGCUCAGAAUGCCUACGAGCAUCGAGUUUUGUCGCUUCGAUCCCUACGUUCAAGCCGAAGUUCUCGAGAAGGCCGGUGACACAGGUGUGCCAGUCCUCUACAACCAAAUCACAGACACUUGCCAUGCUGGAGGCGUCGUUAUUCGAGGUCUACACGCAGACACCGUCGACUGCGAGGUCGAGGAGCAGAAACCGCUCGUUGAAGAGUGCCGUUUCGUCCCGUACAUUGACGACAAAGAGACCAUAGAUGACAGAGUGUCCCUCACCCGUGAAUACGUGGAAAUCUGUUGCAGCGUUGCCGGGCGGGCCUUCGAAAACUGCUGCGACGGCAAGUUUUUUAUUCGCGAUGUUAUGAAAGACUUGCGUGACGUCCCUGAGCACGUGGUCAAACGGCAUCUCGAAGAACCAAGCGAGAGCAACGGCCUCUUGCGGUUCCUUCACGACGUCCACAAGCAAGCCAAACGCGCCGACACUUCUCUCGAGGCGUUUGUCCAGUCGGCCCUGCCUGCACACAAGGAAGACUUAGAAGCCGAUAUACUUAACACCGCCCUUUUUGAGGAAGACCCUCUAAGGUUCCUCCUUGACAUCGCGGUCGAAAACAGCAGCCCGAAGAAGUUCCGAGUACUCGAACUGGCAGCUCAAGAGAGCGACUCCCUGCUGGUUGCCUGGUUAGCGAAGUACCUUUCCGAGUUCAACCUGCUGCCCACUACCGAGUACACGGUGGCACAUGCGUCGCCGGAGAGACUGUCGGGAAAGGUACCUCAGGGUACCACGGUGGUGCCACUGGGCUCGGCAUCAUCCAAGAAGAAGCUCCCCGAAGCGGACUUGAUCGUGGCCCGGAGCGCCACGUGGGUCUCGAACGAAACGACCAGCCUCGCCGAAGAAGUGUCCGCCAUUUGCAUAGAAAACGGUUUCGUUCUGCUCGCCCAGCGAAGCGUUCCGCGGCCCUCGAAGAAGCGAAGCAGGAGAUAG